CGAUUUUUUUUGCAACCGGAAAUUUCACAGGAAGUCUUUCUGUUGCACCACGCUAUAACAACCGGAACUGACCUGAGCGAAACAGAAUUGUUAUGUACAGCACCCACAUUGGGCCACGCCAGUUACAUUUGAAGUUAAUUUUCAAUUGUUCUGUGGACACAUGUGGACAUGGAGUACGCAUCACCCGCUGACAUGCUGUUCAGGCGCUAUUAUGAUAAACUAUGCUCACUGACGCCGUCCGACCACUCAAGCUUUAAAACAGAGCUCAACUUCUUACUGGAUGAACUUAUUUCCGAAAACUACAGCAACAAUGUAACAAGAGACAACAUACGCCCAGAGGAUGUUUGCAGACUGCUGUUGAAGGCAAGUCAGUUGGUCCCAUUCAGCCAAGAGCACCUCGUUCUUAAACUUUGCCAACUCGUCAAUUUACUACUUAACCAACUGCAGUUCAGUAUGGAUGGACACACCCUCAACUGUCUGGUGACGUACUACGUCCAAGCCCUCCAAACCUGUAGCGUGUGGACACACGCAGACAUCCUCUUGGCCCUGUCGUCUCUUGUGUGUGGAAAUGGACCCAGUUGCCAACAGCACCUUCCAAACCUCUUGGGACCGAACGGAAUACUAGUGAUCUGCAGUGCACCAAGUCAGCCCGACAUGGAACUGCGUUCUGCUGCUAUCCAUUGCAUGGCCAACUUCUGCCUUGGGGCUCCUGGGCAGCCUUACCUAGAGGAGCCUUACCGUGAAAUAUAUUUCAGGACAUUCUUGCAGACAUUGCAGACUCCCAAAGCACCAAGAGUUGAAGAGCUUGUCUUCUCUACUCUGUUGCAGAGUGCACUGAAAGGCAUGCAGUGUUUCUUAAAUGGAGUCAAGUGGAAACCAGGCCAUGGGGAUGAUCUGGGAUUUCUUCUGGCUGUACUAAAGAAAUUAAUGUUCUACGGACUGCCAGGGAUGAUUGUGGAGAUGCCUAAAAUCCUUUAUCCUGCCCCGCUACCUCAGUAUGAUGAUGUUUCCGUUGCCAAGGUUUCAGAGGAGACCGUACCAGCAAAACCAGGAGGGAACAAAAAGAAGAAGCCUCGUGGGAAUGUUAAGAAGGCAGAAUUUGAGGGAAAACGAGUUGAGAAAGAAGAGAGUGCAAAGGACCAGAAAGAGCUUGAGCUGAGACAAGGUGGUGGAAGAAAUCCCAGAGAGAUGAUGGGGAACUGGUCCCAGAAGCCCUCCCAACUGUUGGCUGGUGGUACUGCACUCUUCCACCCAUCCUGGAGAAGCUCAGAGUCAGAGUACUCUGACACCGAGGGAGGCGCUAAUGCAAAGCUGAGGCUAUACCAGAUGCGGAUACGUCAGGGUUCCCUGCACUGUUUCCUGUCUUUGGUCAAAUGCGUGGACAAACGUGUUAUGUUUGGUUACUGGUCUGCAUUCAUCCCUGAUACCCCCCCCAUCGGUGGACCUCCAUGCCUUACCCUCCUCACGGUCGCCCUGAAAGACCCGUCCCCAAAGGUACGGGCAGGGUCACUCCAAGUGCUGUCAGCUCUGCUUGAAGGGUCUCGACUCUUCUUGUCUUCAGCGGAGGACACGAGCGCUCCUCGCCAGGCCUUCACCUCAUUCUCUGCAGCACUGGCAUCCAGCCUCAGGGAGCUGCACCGCAGUCUGCUGCUAGCACUAAUGGCUGAGUCUUCGUCACAGACGCUUACCCAAGUUAUAAAGUGCAUGGCUCAUCUGGUGUGCAAUACACCAUACCACCGCCUGCGACCGGGGCUGCUGAGCCCAAUUUGGAAACAAAUUCAGCAAUAUGUUCGCCAUAGAGAUGUAAAUGUGCGUGUGUCCAGUCUGACCCUUUUGGGUGCACUGGUGUCUGCUCAGGCCCCUCUGCCUGAGGUUCAGCUACUCCUACAGCAACCAGUUACGAUGUCGGGAGACGUGGGGUGUACACGCGAGGAGCAUAUGUCCCAGAACUGGAGACAGCAAUGUACACUGGAGGAUGGUGAAGAAGGAAUCUGUUGGCUGCUGGGGCUUUGUGUCUCUUUGGUUACCCAGCCAAGAGAGGGUUCUCACUCUGACAGUGAAACUAUCCCUCACCUGUCUCCGAACCUUUUAGAGCCUUCGCCUGUCAGGCUCGAGGCUCUACAGGUUUUGGCUCACCUGGUGAAGGGCUACUUCUGUCUGACACAGGGGUGGCUGCUUGAACUGUGUCAGGUCAGUGCUUGCUGUCUGAGGGAGCAAGAUCCAUCUGUGCAGUUACAUGGAACAAAGUUGUUGGAGGAAUUGGGAACAGCGAUCAUCCAGCAAUACAGGACAGAGGAAAGAACUGCAGAGAAUAUAAAACAUGUGCCCCUCUGUAAGGUAAUCCAGUUCUGGUCAGAGGUGUUGAGUGGACCACUGACCACUGCUUUACAAAAUGAGCAGCAUCCUACUCUGCAGACCAGUGCCUGUGACACCCUCUCCUCCAUAUUACCACAAGCCUUUAGGAAGCUUCCGGAGAAGACCCAGAUGUUGUGUAUGACCAUGUUGUUGGGUCUAACCUACAGUGAGAACUCCCUAGUGAAGGCCGCUUCAGUCCGCGCCCUCGGAGUCUACAUCCUUUUCCCUGGUCUUUCGGAGGAUGUGAUGUUCAUGAUGGACAGUGCCAACGUCAUCCUCACUGCACUUGAGGAUCAUUCACCUAAUGUCCGUGCAAAGGCAGCCUGGUCACUUGGAAACCUCACAGAUGCAAUCAUAGUUAACAUCUCCAGGGAGUCUGUAGCGAUUGACUUCCAGAAAGAGUUGUCUGGUGGACUACUUCUUAAACUGGUGAAGUCUUCCAUUCAAGCAUCUAAGGACAAAGAUCGGGUCAAGAGCAAUGCGGUGAGGGCUCUGGGAAACCUGCUGCAUCUGGUGCAGCCACAGCAGCUGGAGCAGCCUGGGUUUGAGGAGCUCCUGGGGCAGGCCAUGUGUGCACUGGUGGAUACAGUGAAGGGUGACGCCACCAUGAAGGUCCGCUGGAAUGCCUGCUAUGCUUUAGGCAAUGCCUUCAAAAACACGGCAUUACCCCUGGGCACUGCAAGCUGGUCAGCUGAGGCCUACUCUGCCUUGUCUUGUGCUGUAGUGUCUUGCAAGAACUUUAAGGUUCGCAUUAAAUCGGCUGCGGCCCUGUCAACCCCCUCUUCCCGUGCUCAAUAUGGCAACUCUUGCCAGUUUGCUCAGGUAUGGAUUGCCAUUACGAAGGCACUAGAAAACAGCAAAGAGGGAGUGGACUUCCUGGAGUAUCGGUACCAUACCAGUCUGUGUGCUCAGCUCUGCCAGUCACUGCUUCAUCUGCUCAGCCUCUGCCAGCCACAGGACCUGGGGACUAUACAAGGCACAGUCACUGGCAGCUUCGGCUCCGGCCUCAUGGGGUUUCUGGUGAACUAUCUUGUUGACGUCGAUGUGUCUAGGGAAGGAAAGGGAAACGAAGAGGAGAACGGACAAAAUAGCAUCCAGUCCCAGGAUAGGAUGAAGGAAAUGACGGACGCGUUGGGUGCAUUGAGGAAACUGGCCAAUGAAAAGGAGGGAUGUAGUGCUGGUGCUGACAUCGUCAUUGAUUUUUUCGAAGGGGUGGUGACCAAUCACAAGCAAAUAAAGCCCUUAGGGCCACUGUCUGUUCCUCAUUCUUCCCAAGAUCAGACUGAUCAAACCACAGAAGCCACUAACUGUCCAAGCUAAGGUUUAGUUUAAAAGGGGGGGUUUUCUAUCAUUUUACCCCAUGUACUUUAAGUUUUUAUAUACUUUAAGUAUUUUUACCUUUGAAACUUGUUCAUUGAAUAAAGAUGUUUAAGGGAAA